AUGAAAUAUUCUGUACCAAUUUUGUUGGCGCUGAGGAGCCAACACACCGAGGUUAACUGCAAGUGGACCAGCCAAGCAAUCCAUUGCAGAUCAAAACCUCUCAAUCGAAGCAAAAAGCCAGUUCUCUCUGAGAAUCCCCAGAACCGUUCAAACAAAGGACCAGCAAAGCCACGACCAGGCAAAAAAGUGAUAUCGAAAGCCAAGUCCCAAUCUCGUGCUGCCCAGGACAUCAAGACAUCAGGGCCUACUUUGUCCACCACUGAUACAGGAUUUGCACAGUUUCUACAGAAGCACACUUCACCUAAGCAUCAGCGAGUUACAGCUGGAGGGAAAAUCGUGCCAAUGGAACUGCCGAAUCCCCGUCUGGAGGGCAUUUCACCUGUGCUUAUGGUCGUGAUGGAUGAUGACCCUUCGGUUGUUGGGCGUGUCUUCCUCGGUGAUAAAGCGGUGGCCGGUCGACAGGCAGAUGGGUCUGGAGAUGACCGAAGGAACUCCUUCUCUUCGGAUGAGGAUACUCUCCGUAUAUAUGGCGAGACAUCUAGGUCGAUUUCGCGUUUGUACCCCGCUGACCCUCUCUAUCUGGAUCUACGUGUUCCUCCUCGGCGUACUCACAGUCCUAUCACAGACGACGUGCCGCUUCAGCAGGUUCCACGGACCCCACUGUUUGUGCCAGAUCCAAAUCAGCCCUCUUUCAUUCAGUUGGGUUUCAGCCUUGGCUCACGGUCCCGAUUUGAGUGGUAUGCCGAUGACCGUGCUGAGAGAUGGCUCUCGUGGGCUUAUGAAAUCCAGGAAGAGGAGUUUGUGAUGCAAGCAUUUGUGCUCAGAAUGAGGAGCCUAGACAAUUGGCCGGGGGUUGAUUUCUAUCGUCGGUAUAUCCGGUGUGCAUGGAUCUGUGGCCCUGUGGAUACCGAAGAGGCCGAAGUACGACUGCGACACAAACUGAGCGUGCAUGAAAAAUGGCUGGCCGACGUUAACGAGGCUAUAGCUUUAGACCCUUGGUCCAGGCCCGACGGGAGAUCGCUGCACCACCGUAUUUACAACACCAACGAGCGUGCGAGGAUUUUGGCCGCUCUCGAAGAGCUUGAAGGAAUCAGGGACAUCCAGGCCGAUAUGAAUCUUGGUGAGCAUUCAAUCUCCGGAACCAACACCAGCACUUUUCGGGAAAGCACCAUGGAACCAGCCGUUCAGGAUGGCAGCCAUGCACCAGCCGAUAGCCCGGAUGAUGGGGUCUCCAACGAUGGACCAAAUGAUAUCUCAUUCGUGAGCCAUGCAAGAGUUACUGGACCAAUCACCAUCAUAGAUCCUCACACUUGCCGUCCCAUUGACCUGCAGGGACUACAGCAGAAAGCGAAAAAGAGAGACGCCAGCGGACAUGGCCAUGCCAAUGGAGGUGGCGCGCAUCUUGGCCAAAGAAAGGGCUUGGCUGAGGUGAACUCAGAGAUGGUCAGCUAUGAUAGUAUUGGUGAGACGACCGGUACGCCGAUUCCGGUUGGGAGUAUGGACCGGUCUCUUGAUAUCGGCCAAUCCUCCGGUCAGGCUGUCAAAGAAUUGACUGAGAGUGAUAACGGCACGUUCCUGGCUGAAAAUAAUCAGCUCACAUCGUGGAUCCCGCAAGAGAUAUUGACAGACUCUCGUCCGGUGAGAAAAAGGGUAUCCAGUAAGACUGUGCCCAGGAAUUUCGGCCGCCAUCGCUACGGCCCGGGAUUGCAGACUAUCACGGAGAUCGAACAGGAGUUCUUUUCUCCAGAUGAAAACGAGGUUGUUGCUGUUAUCGUCGGGAGUCGUACUGUUUCAAGCCCUGUGAUGAGAAGGCAAACGUCUCCGGCCAAACCGUGGCAUUUGCGCGAUACUAACUAUGAGAGCAGUAGCGGCCAAAAGGCGGACCCUGAUACCAGUGACAUUGCAUCUCAAAAGGGCCAAGAGGCCGAAGUCAAAGAGUGCAUUGAAAGGAUCGCGCGAGGCAAAGUGGAUGGUGAGAGCAAAACUACAGGAGACGACAAUGGUGGCCUUCAGGACGAUGAGCUCGUUAUGGGAUCUUCCGCGGAAGCUUCCGUACAAAAACCAUCGGCGCAACGUCAACGCAACAGAUCUCGGUCUAUCGGCAGUCAAACCAUCAUUCUUACAGACACUCUCAGCGCAAGCAGUCUCAAUGAGAAUGAGACCUUGCAAUUCGACUUGGAAGACUUGUCGGACUCGUCAUGCACGUCGGAAAUACCUCUGCUCUCGAACCCUUACCCUUCCCCUCACAUCAGGGCCCGCCUAACUAUUAAGCCAAGUUACCCCACCGUGCUUUCGUCGCUGUUGAUCCAAUUGCACGCUCCACAUACUGCACCCGCCAUUGUCUUAACCAGCAAGAUCGAAGUCUACGCCUCCUUUGCGAUGAGCUAUCGGGGUUGA